GUUAAUGUUUACAAUGUUUGACUCAGCUGAUUCUUGAAAGACUAUAAAAUGAAAACGCUCCCUGCUGAGCAGUCUCCUGAGGAUAGGACACUUAUGGUAACAAAAUGUGGGGUAAAUGUUGUUGUUCUCUGGCUGUUAGCUUGCUGCUAGUAGCAGCCUGCACUGCAUUUCCUGACCAUGAUCAUACAUUAGAGUCACACAACCACCCUCACCAUGACAAGGGAGAGCCCCACGCAAGCCACGACCAUGACCAUGAAAAGUGCCACGUGCUUGCGCCACACAAUGCUGACUUUGCUUUCAGUCUAUACAAGAAGCUAAGUGCUUUACCAGACUCCAAGGGCAAAAAUGUCUUCUUCUCCCCGCUGGGUCUCACGAUGGCACUGUCCCUGCUGGCUUUGGGUGCUAAGGGUGAAACACACACAGAACUCUUCAAGACACUAGGCUACAGUGACCUCAGCCCAGCCCAGGUUAAUGAGGCUUAUGAGCACCUGCUUCAAAUGCUGGACCAGAGCCACGAUGCAGGAUUGCAGCUGGAGUCGGGCAGCGCUGUGGCCAUCAGAGAGGGGUUCAAGGUCUUGGACAAAUUCCUUCAGGACGCCCAACACUUCUACAAGAGCGAGGCUUUCACCGUUGAUUUUGCCAAACCUGAAACAGCUGCACAGGAGAUUAACAAGUACAUUGCCAAGAAGACACAUGACAAGAUCACUGACAUGGUGAAGGGUUUGGACCCUGACAAUAUCAUGAUGCUUAUCAAUUACAUAUUCUUCAGAGGUAAAUGGGAGAAGCCUUUUGAACUGAAACACACCCACAAAGCUGACUUCCACGUUGAUGAGAACACCAAAGUGCAAGUGGACAUGAUGAAGAGGACAGGACGCUAUGACUUUUACUAUGACCAGGGGAAUCACAGCUCUGUUUUAAUGCUGCCGUAUAAGGGCAAUGCCUCCAUGAUGAUCAUUCUGCCUGACAAAGACAAGAUGGCUGAGGUGGAGCAGCUCCUCUCUAAGGAACAAAUCAAGCACUGGCAUAGCUCUGUCUUUAGAAGCUCUGUGGAUAUAUGUCUGCCCAAAUUCUCCAUCUCUGCUACUUACUCCCUGGGUGACCCUCUGAAGGAAAUGGGUGUAGUCAGUGCAUUUUCGGACACAGCGGACUUCGCAGGAAUGUCAGAGGAGACCAAACUGAAGGUCUCAAAGAUUUCCCAGAAGGCAGUUCUCAGCGUUGAUGAGAAAGGUACUGAGGCAGCUGCUGCAACCACCAUAGAGAUCAUGCCCAUGUCCCUCCCGGACUCCAUGGAGCUCAACAGGCCAUUCCUCCUGCUGAUUGUCGACGACAGCACCAAGAGUAUCCUCUUCAUGGGCAAGAUUACAGACCCCACAGCUGAGUGAGAGACAAUACUACCCCCACGUCCACACAGGAGAGUUAUGAAAAGCUUAAGACCCCCAUCUCAAGAUUUCCUUUCAAAACAAAGUCAGUGGUUUAUCCGCUUCGCUUUGUGAUACUGCAAGGACAACACGAUUUUCUCCACAAUACACCUUGAUUGGCCACCUGCAGCAAGAAUAAUUGGAUUUUCAGGAGAUAAUGCUCACAUGUUACUAACGUGAUACUAACACUGAUAUAGAUUCCAAAACCAUGCUUUUAUUACCCACUAGAAAAUAGUGGAGAUGUUGAUUUUUUCAACACAUUCAAAAACAGUUGUAGUAGUCAUAUUUCUUUAAACAAACUAUUAUUAAUAAUAAAAGCUUUCAGUAUGGAUUAAAUGAC